AUGGACGUUGAUAAUGCUGGUGUUGCUGAAAAUCAUCUCAAAGAGUGUUUUUCACUUGUUUGGAAGAACCCUUAUGUUCUUAGACUUGCUUUUUCUGCUGCAAUUGGUGGCCUUCUCUUUGGCUAUGAUACAGGUGUGAUUUCUGGUGCACUGCUUUACAUCCGUGAUGAUUUCUCAUCUGUUGAUCAGAAAACAUGGUUACAGGGUAUCAUCGUGAGUACUGCAGUUAUAGGAGGAAUACUGGGAGCAGCAAUUGGAGGCUGGACCAAUGAUAGAUUCGGAAGAAGAUUUUCAAUUUUAAUAGCAGAUGCCUUGUACUUCUUCGGUGCUGUAAUUUUAACUUGGACACCAGGGCCGUCACUACUUAUUGUAAGACGUGCUUUUGCUGGUCUCGGUGUUGGGCUAGCAUCAAUGACAUCCCCGCUCUACAUAUCAGAAAUUUCUCCGGCUGAAGUACGCGGUGCACUUAUCAGUAUCAAUUGUUUUAUGCUUACUGGAGGCCAGUUUCUGUCAUGCCUCAUCAACCUAGCAUUCACCCAUGCACCUGGAACUUGGAGGUGGAUGCUUGGGGUAGCAGGAGUUCCUGCUUUAUUGCAGUUCAUACUAAUGUUUUUCCUUCCAGAAUCACCGCAAUGGCUUUACAAGAAGGGAAGACAAGCAGCAGCUGAGGCAACACUGAGAAAAAUAUACCCUGCUGAAGAAGCAGAUAAAGAAAUACAAGCAUUGAAAGACUCAAUUGCAGCAGAAACCAAUAAUGAAGAAGGAUCAUCAGAAAAAAUCAACAUUGUUAAGUUGCUAAAAACAAAGACGGUAAGGAGAGGACUCAUUGCAGGAGUUGGUCUUCAGAUGUUUCAGCAAUUUGUUGGCAUAAACAUAGUUAUGUACUACAGUCCAACCAUUAUUCAGUUAGCCGGUUUCGCAUCAAACCAAACAGCACUUGCUCUCUCACUUGUAACUUCAGGUCUUAAUGCAAUGGGUUCGAUUGUCAGCAUUUACUUCAUAGACAGAACAGGGAGGAAGAAGCUUCUGAUCAUUAGUCUAUGUGGCCUCAUUCUUUCACUUGAGUUUUUAUCAGUUGUCUUCUAUGCAAGUACAUCACACCCACCCAGAGUUAGCACAAUGGAAACAUUCCAUUUCUCUCCUUAUACCUGCCCAGAUUUCCGUUUGGCAACUACUACUAACUGGGAUUGCUCAAAAUGCCUCAAAGCUUCUUCUCCGGACUGUGGAUUUUGUGCUUCCAAAUCAAACAAGUUAUUCCCAGGAGCAUGUUUGAUGUCAAAUGACACAGUGAAAGACUUAUGCCAAAAUGAAGGAAGACUAUGGUACACCAGAGGAUGUCCAAGUAAACAUGGAUGGCUAGCUCUGAUUGGAUUAGCCUUGUAUAUCAUAUUCUUCUCCCCAGGGAUGGGAACGGCGCCUUGGAUUAUGAACUCAGAGAUAUAUUCCUUGAGGUUCAGAGGAGUCUGUGGAGGAAUUGCAGCAACUGCUAAUUGGGUUUCAAAUCUAAUUGUUGCACAGUCUUUCCUUUCGCUAACACAAGCCAUUGGGAUUUCCCUGACAUUCUUGUUUUUUGGUACGAUUUCUGUUGUGGCAUUGCUUUUUGUCAUGGUUUUUGUGCCUGAAACAAAAGGACUGGCAAUUGAGGAGGUGGAGAAGAUGCUUGAGAAGAAGGAUGUCCAUUUUGUGUUUUGGAAAAGGCAGGCGGGUUAAUCAGAGAAGAAAGCUGUUAUUGACAUAUACAUGGUGGCACAUUUCUAUUUUAGUGUUCAACAUAUUAUUAUCAUCUGAUUUGUAGUAGUCUUUCUAUAUCCAUAGUGGAAAAUUAGUGAAGAACUCCAACUCCUUCUACUCAUGAUUUAUUUUUAUUUGCAGCUUUUAUAUUAGUUAUUGAGUUUUCUUUUUCAUGUUUAUUCCUCUAACCUGUGAUUUCACUUGCUCUGUAUGUAUAAUUGUGAAAGUCAAUUCAGAAAUUUUUAUUUUUUCAAGAAUUUAAUUAAAUGAAUUCCCAUCUCUUCGCACUACUUUGAAGAUUUUUCAAAAGAUUACAGGGAUUCAAGCCUAGUUUUUAUAGAAAAAGAAACCAUCCGAUGAUUGGAUCCUUGGCAUUGGCCAAUUGUCGCCGCGCUUUAUUCUCACCAGGUCUCAAAGUCCCUUCAUCUCCUUUUCACAUCGAACAAUUUCCAUAUAUUAACUAAUUUCUCCCUCUCUUUUUCAGGGCGAGCCUCCCAUUCUCACUGGAGAAGGCGCAGUUCCACAGAGAGCUUGAAGCCGCCGUUGAUGUCGUGGAGUGCACCUGCUGGCUCUGUGUUGAUGUAACUCGGAUUCCCAAUCCCAGAUUUGAGUUAUGGUAUAGAAUUAGAGCUAUAGACCCAAUAAAGGUGUGAUCUUUCUCUGGUUUUGUGAUUAAUUAGGUCAAGGAAUCCCUCCUAUCUAGCAAAGGUCGGAUCUUUGAGAAGAACGACCAGAGGCAAGUCACCAUUGCUGAUUUUGGAGUGCAGGCUCUAAUCAGCUUGGGUAGUCAAUGUUUUCUUCAUAUAAUUUAGUUUCUAUUUGGUCGUCUCUUCCUGACGAUGAUCCAUUGCUUGGUUUAUUAAUGAUGACAGAGUACUGCAGAUUCAGACAAGGAUGGAGGUACUUCCCUUGCGGAAUUGGUGCUGAGUGCUGUGGUUGAGAAGGCAAGCGAUGAGUACAAAUCUUUUAACACUGGAUAAUGCCCUGAAAGCCAUUGAUAGGGGAGGAAAAGGAUGCAUUCUCUUUUGAUUCCUAGCCUGCUACAUAUUGAGAAACUAGGGCAUCAAGGAAUCUGGAAAAUAGAAGAGAUCGAGAGAACUCACCACAAAUCAGAGCAUUGGAGCACCCCCACUUCGCAAAACUGCCAAGGAACCGCGCAUGAACUUCAAUAGAGAAACUAGGGCAUCAAGUGAUCCAGCAAAUGGAAAAGAUCAUGGGGGAGAGAGAGAAAGAGUUGAGGGGCUUUUCUGGGAGGGGUUCAAAACUCUUCAAUUCAGACUAUUUAGUUUAAAUAAAUUUCAUUUAAAGUAACUGAGUUUCCAAGUAGUA